AUGGGCAACAUCAAAAUGCCUUUGAAGAGUGGCAAAACGGCAAUGCCAAGAAAAGUUUCAUCACCAUUCCGUUUCUUACCGCUGUACAACUUCUUGUCAGCACUUUCCUGGGGAUUUAUACUGUACAAUGUCGUUUCAAUAUUUCCUAAGGUCGGCCAACCGCAGUUCUACUCAGAUACAAAGCAGUUUGUCACCUACAUCCAAUGUGGGGCUGUAAUUGAGAUUCUGAACUCGGCGUUAGGUAUUGUCAGAUCCCCAUUGUUAACCACUUGUGCUCAAGUCGCCUCCAGAUUACUCGUUGUGCUAGGUAUCUUCCAAUGUGUGCCAGACACUGAAGCUGCUAAAACCAUUCUGUACGUCACAUUGCUCACAGCAUGGUCCAUUACGGAAGUGGUCAGAUAUCUGUUCUACUUCUGUACACUCUGCUUCAAGAACGGGCCUCCUGUUCCUUUGACUUUUCUGAGAUACAAUCUAUUCCUGGUCCUGUAUCCUCUAGGUGUCGCAAGCGAACUGCUGAUCAUCCACUCAGCACUGCCUUUAGCAGAGUCGACCUAUGGCGCUCCCUACAAGUGGGCCUUGAUCGCUGGCAUGCUAGCUUACGUUCCGGGAUUUCCUGUUCUCUUUGGCCACAUGUUAGCCCAAAGAAAGAAAGUUAUGAAGUCAUUGAGCAACGCCGGCUAUGACAAGACUAAAUGA